CCCACUCACUCUCUCUAUCUCUGUCUCUUUUUCUUGUUAUUAAAAUUUAAGAGUCAAGGGAAUGUGAUUCAUUGAAUGUUUGAUAGAUUGUGAAAUUAUCGCCUUUUGCAGACGUGUUAUCUACUUCGCAGUGUAAAUUAAACUUUGUGCUAUUCUUGAAUCGAUGGACUUUUUUUUUGUUGCUUUUUCUCUCGACAGUCCAUCAAGCUUAUUAGUAAAUGAAAUCCAAUUAAGCGGAAAAGUUCCUUUCAUCAAACAAUUACACAGCAAGUUGCAUCAACAACAGUUGGAUUUUGUAGUGAUUUAAAGUAAAAAAAGAAGAAAAUUACAUGCAAACACAAAAGUCGAAAGGAAUGUGAAUAAAUGCGGCAACUUUACUUGGCUCCGUGAAGAAAAAAUUGAGUUGGAAAAUAAUAAAAAAAAAUCAUUUUUAGUGGAAAUAAUUGACAGAUGAAUAAUACAAACGAAUAAAACUUCAAAAAAAAUAUAAAUACAUGAAAAUAAAUUAUCAAAAAAAAGUGCUAAGCUCUUCAUGAGUAUUGUCGACAACAUUCGAGAACCGGAGGAAGAAACAUUGAACCCAUUAAUGAGUUAAAUGUGUGGUUUGUCGAAUAUAAGUUGAAAAAAAGUGAACGCUUGGUGUGUUAAAAAUACAGAAAUUAAGUAAAGAAUAUAUUACAAUUCAUUUUACGAUUGAGUGUUGCUAGCGACGAAGGCAACUUGAGAAAGAACAUCUUUUACUUACAACAUUACUAGAAACAAACAAAAACAAAACAAAAUCGUCUCAUGAUGGUGUCGGUUUCCGACAAAAUAAAAAUUUGGUCGAGUAGGAACCAAAUAAUUCGAGCUGCUUCUACACCUGCCAACGAUGCUGUCGCCAAUGACGACGACAGUGGUGAAGUUCAGAUUCGUAAAAAGGAAACGGAUGAGGUACAGUUACGGAGGGACGGCGCUCUUAAUCAAUUCAUUAGUGAAUUAUCAUCAAAUAUUCACGGUCGUCGUUAUACCGACACAAUUGCGGCAAAUACGAAUGCAAAUGGAAAAGUUGUGACGGUUAAUGAUGAUUCAACGAGACACACGAUGAACAGUGCGAUUGUCGACAAUGAAAAUGGUGUAAAAAUGGAACAAAAACCAAUUGAUUCGAAUGAUAAAGUCAGUGAUGAUUCCGCUGUGACAGAGCGUGAAAGUAAAAAUAGUCAAAGUGAAAUAUUAGCAAAGCCAAGUCACUUUGUGACAGUGAUUGAAGUGAAAGAAUCAGAAACCGCAACCACAACAUCAUCAACGACAAAAAUCACCACGUCAGCAACAUCCUCGUUUCAAUCAGUUCGAAGUGGCUACGAGAAUGUGAUUAUUGAAAAUAAUAAGAGAAAUUCAAACUUUAUGAACGAUUUGGAUCGAUCGUCAAACACGACAAGCAGUUUCACUAGUAGCUUUGGUACACGACCGACGGCGCCGAUUGCAAUGCUUCAUGAAAAGAAUUCGCAAAAGAAAAUUCCACCACGCCCACCACCAAAAUUCCCACGACGUGGCGCUCCUGUUGAACCACCAACUGUUCCUAAUCUUUCGUCAUCACCGGGACGUAAAGAUUCUGAUAGUUCACCAUCAAGUUCCCUUGAAAGAAACAUUAAACCAUCAGAAAUCUUUCGACAGAAGUCAUCCGAUUCAUUGGACAUUAAAGUGACAACAACCGCAAAGAAAGAAAUCAGCAAAUUUUCGAAAUCAUCAGAUCUGAUUGCAGACGAGUUUGGAAAGAAACUUGCAAAGUCAGAAAGUUUAAAAUCAACUCAAAGUUCAAGUGGAUCGUUAGGAAGUCGUGACACAAAGUCAACUGCAUCGCCAACCGGAAGUUUAGAGAAAAUUAGUCGUGGUGGCGGAAACAGUGUUGGAUCAAAAGAAUCAAUCAAUUCAGGCAUUACAAGUGGUGUGACGUCAACAAAAAUUAAAAGCUUUGAGUCAAUUUCUUCGCUCAGUUCCGAUAGCGUGAAGAUUGGCCAACAAAUUGAAAGCGAACCGUACUACGACACUGUUCCAGCUGAAUCUGGUGAUAAUGAGUUUGUCUUUGUUCAAUCGAAUGUCAGUGGCGGGGGUGGUGGACAUGCCACAAAUACUAUGACAAGUACUGGAACGACUGGAUCAUCGUCAAGUCGAGAUGAAGUGUCAUCAAAUGCCGGAAGCACAUUACCGAUGAAUAUUAAAAGUCAAUUGGAUAGUCAAACGAGUGUUAUAGAUCCGGAAUCACCGGGAAGAACUUCCAACUAUGUCAACCUCGAUUACUUCUUAAAACAAAAUCAAGACCCCCGCAACAGUUCAAUUGACAGCGAUGGUGAAUUAGAUUUAAAUUCACCUCCAUUAUUACGUGCGAUCUCCGAUGAUGCGUCAAAUCAAACACCAGCACCUGAUCGAAGAAUAUCAGGCAGCACACGAGGUUCAAUGAUCAAUCAAAUCAUUUCAAGUAUCAUCACAAGUGAGACACUUUACGUUGGAUGUUUAAAUAAAAUGACACAAUAUAUGAAAGCGAUUCGUGCGACAUUAACGACAUCGCAACCUGUGAUUUCCGAAGAAGACUUCCAGACAAUGUUCUUUAAGAUUGAAGAGCUCAACAAUGUUCACAGUAAAUUUCUUACUGAUCUGAAAGAGAAGCAACGAACACAGAUUGAAGACAUUCAAGUUGGCGAGUUGUUUAAGAGUCUUGCCGACAAUAUUCAACUCUACGGCGCUUUCUUGCACAAUUAUGGUCGUGCUAUUGACACAGUAAAGAAAUGUGGUGCAAACAGUCCACAGUUCAAGGAAAUUGUUUCGAAAAUUAUCAUGAACUCGACAAAUGAACAAUCGCUGACGUUGGAAGAUUUAUUGCACAAGCCAGUUGCACGUGUGCAGAAGAAUGCGCUUGUUCUUCAAGAUAUGCUUCACCACACGCCUGAAUCUCAUCCCGACUAUCAACCACUUAGACAAGCUCAUAAAAUUACGAGAAAUUUCUUAAUGGAGUUUAAUGUUGUUGAAACGAAGAAUUUUGCAACGACUGAUGAUAAAGCACUUCGUCGUCUUGUUAAGAAUUCUUUCAUCGUUGAACUUGUGGAUGGUCGUCGAAAGCUUCGUCAUCUCUUUCUUUUUAACGAUGUUAUUGCAUGUGCCAAAUACAAGCCAUCAGGUCGUGAUCGUUUUGAAUUUGAAUUGAAAUGGUUUAUUCCGCUCAAAGAUAUUUUCAUUGUUUCUGAUGAAUCGUCGCCCACCGAACCCAAAGAAUCAUCACCUGUGAAUAUUGUGCAAUUAAAAUCACAAGCAUGCACGGUGAGAGAUCAAAUAAUGAUGGAGGAACAUGACGCGAAGAAGAUUGGAUCGAGGGCGAAUGACAAGCAUAAGAAGAAGCUCGCUGACAUUGAAGGUCAACUUGUGCUUGCUUCACCAAACUUAGUAUUCAAGAUUGGCAAUAAAUCGAAUGGAAAACAAAUAACAUUCUUCUUGAGUUCCGAUUUUGAACGGACACAGUGGGCUGAAUCAAUUUUAACGCUGCAGAAAUCGUGCAACUUACCGGGCUCAAAUUCCGUUCACAUUUAUGAACUUCAAGCGUGGAUUUCUGCGUGUCAAAAAGUCAUUAAAGCUGAGAUGGGAUCGUAUUUAAUGAGAAAUCGAGGCGAUGAAAGUCUUCUUGUCGGUGAUUUACAUUUAACAGUUCAGGGACUUGUUGGACUUGAUCAUCCUUUGGAUCUUUAUGUGUGUGUUGAAAUUGAUUCUUAUGGACAUUACUUUAGAAAAGCAAAGACGAAAAUCAUUUGUCACAGCAUGUCGCCAACAUGGAAUGAAAGUUUUGUACUUGAAUUAGAAGGCAGCCAGAACUUGAGGAUUCUCUUGUAUCAAGAUGGUGAUCGACCAAUUUUGAGAGCUAAAAGCACUUUAGAAUUGAGUCGUCAAUGGUUGAGAGAAGCUACGAUGAGUCGUGCAUUGAAAUUGACUGAUACAAUGACAUUAAACACUUCACUUCGUUUUAUUCCCGCUGAGAUUUCACUUCGUCGUGUUCCAACAUCAAAGCCUGGAGCUCUCUUCGGUGCCAAAUUGAGUGCAGUUUUGAAACGUGAGAAACGAGACAUUCCUUUCAUUAUCAGUGCUUCGAUUCGUGAAGUUGAACGUCGUGGUAUGAAUGAAGUUGGAAUUUAUCGUGUUAGUGGCAGUGCAUCGGAUUUGCAGAAGCUGAAAAAAUCUUUCGAGUCAAAUGCUUAUGAAGCUGAACAGUUGUUAAAAGAAGUUGACAUUCAUUCAGUCACUGGAAACUUGAAAUCGUACUUAAGGGAGUUGCCUGAAGCUUUAUAUACUGAUCAACAUUACCAAAAAUUCUUUGACACAUUCAACCAGUUUACAAAUGCAAAUGAAGCAGCAAGAAUAGAAGCACUUCAAGUUACUUUCAAUGACCUUCCGCAGCCAAAUAAAGCAACAAUUAAUCUGAUACUUGAACAUUUGAUAAGAAUUAACCAACAUGAAGGUGAAAAUAAAAUGUCUCUGCACAAUCUGGCGAUGGUGUUUGGUCCAACUCUUCUUCGGCCCGGUCCACACUCAUCAAAACAAAAAGAUUUGCUUGAAUCAAGCACAGUCGAUGUGAUGGCACAGGCUGGAAUUCUUUACUGCUUCCUUCUGGCCAAAAUUAAAAAUUAAUUCGUUCGUCGGUGAAUAUUUUUGAUAAGAGUCAUUAGAAAGGGAAUCAGUGAUGAUUGAGACGACUAAGAAAAAGUAUCACAAAAAAUCUCCAGUCGUUAAACAUCCCAAAAAGAUAAACUUUGAAAGCAUACGAUUAGAUAUUUAAUCAUUUUUAUUCUGAGAUUAGGAUUGAAAGCAAAGUAAAUGCUGAUACCAAUCUCCGCUUUCAUAAAUAUAAUAAAAGUAAAUAUUACAAAUCUUAAUGAUUUCUUCUACCUAAAGCUUUCUUAUUGUGUUAUUUAUUUAUUGUUUUCUUCUUUUUAUAUUUUGGUUUAUCAAAUGAUCUUAAAAGCAGCUUACAGAAAAUGAAAUGUAAUCAUUCAUUAAUAAUUCCUUUGAUUAGAUUAUAAUUUAAUUAAGUUUUUUCUUUCCUUUCAUGUACAUUUAAAUUAAUGAUUAAAGUUCAGAACAAGUCUGCUUGUGUAGAAAGUAUUUUUAUUAUAAUUAAAUAAUCUAAAGUCAUGUGAGAAGUAAAAUUACGUUAAAUUGUUUUGUGAGACAAAAGAAAAAGUAAAAAUUAAUGUUGAGAAAGCAUAAAAAAAAUUCCAUUGAUUAAUUAAAGAAUAUUCGAGUAUAUAAUAUUUUAUCUUUAAAUAAAGUGUCGUGCAUGAUUAGUAGUUGCUUUAAAAUAAUUAAUAGAAGUUUAUUAUGAUUCUCGUCAUGUUCUGCUAAUGAACUCAAUAUUAUAAACUAGAUUUUUGUUCCGGUCUAAUCCUAUAAUCAAACUUGAUAUCAAUCCAAAUGAAAGAAAUUCAGGAUUCAAA